AGUCCAGUGAUCCCAUUGCAUUGCGGCCAACGAAGUCAUCUUGAGAGGGUCAGUUAACACUAUUUAACAGAGAAAAAUAUCAAUUCUUGUGACUUUCUUGAAUUCUUUUUCACCACUCUUUCUUUCCUUCACUUCCUGAGGACGAUCUACACACGAUGACCAAGACAAUCUUCAUGUUUAUUUGCCUGGCAUUUGCCUUUUUCUGUCUAGCAGAAUCCAGGACCAUUUCAAUGUAUGAUUUGGAACCUGCAACUUUGAUAAAAUCGAGUUCAAAAAAGCUCGGCGGUCCUCCUAUUUUCCACAAUUGCAGUAAAGCGACAGAUACAUUUGAGCUGACGAGGGUUGCUGUUGGGGGAUGUACUGCGCCACCCUGCCCUCUAAUCAAAGGAAAAAAUGUCUCGGUGGAGAUUGACUUCAUAGCUCGUGUUGCAACAUCCCAAAUCAAAUCUGAGGUUUAUGGCCAGAUAGCAGGCGUGAAGGUUCCGUUCCCCAUCAGUAACGACGAUGCAUGCAGUAGCUGCAAUGUCAAGUGCCCCACCGUAGUAGGACAAUCAUACGCAUACAAAUACAGUCUAGAAGUUAAAGAGGAGUACCCUUCGAUGACGCUGGCUGUGUUUUGGUACUUUGAAGGUCCAAAUGGAGAAGAGCUGUGUAUGGAUGUUGCUGCCCAGAUCAAGUCUGCGUAGCCAUACAAUACCGGUCCGGCCAGUAUCGAUGUUCUGACCCAUUUUUCAAUCUUUACCCACAAUAUUUUUUCUUCUCUUUUAAUGUAAGUGAUUAAUAGAUCUGCAUUAAUCCUUUUCUGGGGGGGUAGUAUCUAUGAUUUCUUCAAUGGAUCACAUCGACUUGGGUAUGAGUCAGUAUGAUUUAAAAUUAUUGAAGAUAUGGUGUUUUCUUUUAAAUGAUUAAAGAGCCAGUCUACAUCACUAAUCACAAAUCUUUGCUUAAGAUAUUCAGGUUCCAUCUGAACCGUGAUUAAAAUUUCUGUUGUUUUUGUGGAUGAUGAUGGAGUGUAGAUGUUCGAUUUUCAUCUGAAAUUUUUACUAAAUAUUAUAGCUAAAAUGGCUAUCUGUACGUUUUCCAUCGUGUGGGAUUUAUGUUGCAUCUAGCACUAAGACCAGUUCAAGACAAUCUUUCUCCGUCAAUGUUGUUUGCUAUCAAUAUACCGUGCUAAUGUCAUUGAUACAUAUCUGCGUUCUGUAAAAUAUACAAAUAUCAACAAGCAUUUCAUACACAAGCAAGCAUUUCAGGAAGGUUGGUCAUGUUUUAUCAAGACUUCAACUUUCUUAAAUAUUUAACAUUCUGUAGGUGAACUAUUAUAUUAUGAACUUGCAUUUUUUUUUUGUAAUCUGUGGAUAUUGUCAUUGUUAUUAAUUAGGGACAGUGUAUUUAAAAUGUGUAUGUAACUAUUUAUCAACUGCAAAUAAUUAUACAAUGUUUAUUCUACUAGAGCUUUAUAUCGUGAUGCUUGUUGAAGUACUUCUUUUCUGUUUGUAGUGCAGAAAUUGUUUGAUAAAUUUUAAUGUAGUGAUCACUCAGGAGGAUGUUAGCGCAAAAUAUCUUCUACUUAUUUCAUUUGUUGUGUACAAAUUAUGAAGUGAAGAAAAAUAAAAUGAGGAAUGAUUUCCCAUGAGUUGUUUUUUAUACUAAAACAUAAGACAUAUUUUUCUACUUUAUACUGUGGAUGUGCUCAUUUUCUAUUGAUAUUUGGAAGAGAAAAAAAGUUUAGUUCUGUAAUGGUUUCAGAAAAUUUGUGAUGUCUCAUUCAUGUUUUUCAAUGUAAAAAAAGUUUGGAAAGCUUCAUUUUGAUAUUGAGAUUUAUUUGGGGAAUAGAGGUUAGGGGUUUGUCCUGAUGAGUGGGCAGUGAUUGGGGCGGGGUGCCUAUAGUGUACUAGUCUCCCCCCUUCCCAUUCCGGAACUUACAUGUUCAUCCAUAUCCAUGUACCAAGGUUGCUUGAAAUCUAAUAUAAAUCCUAUUUUAUUUGUUGCAUCUGCUAUGGUAUGAGUUUGGGUACAUGCAAUAUUCCCUGGUAUAGAUGGCUCAUACAGUAUAUCCAUCUACAUGUAAUUAUCAAUUGUUCCGUCAGUACCAAGUCCACACGUUGUAAAGACAAUGGUCAAGGAUUGUCAUUGGUUGUGGGCGGUUUCGAUGGUUUAAUGAUUAAUUGUUCAAACCUGUAAUUAAUCUUCUUCACCUGAUUGUUGCAAAGUCCGAUUCCGUGAUUAAGUGGGUCAUAAUGAGUUAUCUGGAGUUGAAACCGCAUGAGAUCAGUAUCCCUUGGUGUGAAGUGCUUGUCAUCUUCCGGCUGUUGGUCUCCCUGUAGCACCCAACUCAAGUCAUCAUACAGAGAUCCCCCCCCCCGCCAUCCUUCUGCUCUUUUUAUUCAGGAUUUCUUUCAAAUUCAGGACUGGUCGAAGUCUUUUUGUGUGUAUGUACAUGUAUACCUGGGGAGUGUUUCAUCAACAUUUUCAUCCAAUAAGUUGUCAGAUCUGAUAUCUUUCUCUGAUGUUGAUUGGCUGAGAGGUACUGUUACUAUGGUAACUGUCGGAUAAAAUGGGACUUGUCGAAUAAAACGUCCGACAAGUCCUUUCAUGAAACGCUCCCCUGAACAUGGGUUGAAAAAGGAAAGUGAGAAAUUAAAUCUUAUGAAACAAUUCAUUAGAACAUGCAUGUACUUAAUGUUUUGAAUACUUUGAUAAAAGGCAUGAAAUCCCACUGGUUCAGGAGCAUUAUCCCUCCCCCCCUCCUUAUGAACCUUUGUUUUGUUUUGUUUUUUUUAACUUAAUCUCGCAACACUUAGACAAAACUUCAGACAUUCUUCUAAAACAUCCCUUAUAUUUAAACUCUCUUCUACCAAGAUUUAUUACUUGGUUUGUAUCUACAUUGGUCUUAUGAAACAUGUCUUUUCCUGUUCUUUAAAAAAAACACCUUAAAACUACAAUCCUUGUAAUUCACUUUAUUAGCAGAAUUCAGAAUUUGGAUGACAGAAGCAGUAUUGUGUUCAGUUCUGAAAAAAAUGAUGGAUUUUCAACCAGACCCAUUAUUUAUAGAAUGACUUGCCAUUUUCAUAUAAAUGUAAGUAAUUAUGUAUGCAUUCCCCAUGUUCUUAAUUUCUUUCUUUUCUUUUUUUAUUCGGCUGUUUUCAAAGGAGUGAUAAAAAUGCUUGCAUGGUAUUCACAGGCUACUAUAAAAACUUGUACUUUGAUUUCUUCACGCUGUAGCUCUAUGUGAUCAGUGAUCAGGAUUAUUCACUGUAUUUUCUAUUCUAGAUUUUUCCAAUGUACACUUUGUAUAAAUUGCUUUGUAAGACACGUUUCGGCAUUGCUUUGUGACAUGGACAUAAUUGAAUAUCAGGUGAAAAUAAAAAGAUUAA